AUGAUUGGAUAUCUCGGCACCGCCAUGACACUGGGCUUUAUGUCUGGUCCACUACUGGGCGGACUGGUUUACGAAAUUGGAGGGUUCUAUGCCGUUUUUGGUAUGGCUUUCGGAAUUGUUGCUCUUGACUUCUUUCUUAGACUCGCCGUUGUCGAGAAGAGGAUUGCUGAACGUUGGCUGUGCCUCACUGAUGGCGAGCGGCCAAGUCAGGAGAAUGGUUAUAUCCCCGAGCAGCCGCCAUAUGGAGCUCUGGAGACUAUAACUAACAGCGGCCAGACUGCCACGGAAAUCUCUAAGAGUACCUGUGCGCUGGGAAAGCUUUUAAAGCAGCCACGGAUUCUUAUUAGCCUCUGGGCAGUUAUAGUCGGGGCUCUUGUGGUCUCAGCAUUUGACGCGACACUCCCGGUAUUUGUGGAGAACAAAUUCCACUGGAAUGUUCUAGGGGAAGGUCUGAUAUUCUUACCAGGUGCUGCAGCGGCCAUUUUCCAACCCUUUUUCGGAUCUUUAUCUGACCGUUUUGGAACGAGAGUGAUUACAUUCGCAAGCUUUGCCAUCCUAGCCCCGAGUCUGGUCUGUCUUCGUUUUGUUGAAGAAAACUCACCAUCCCACAUAGGUCUUCUUUGUGUGAUUCUGGGUCUUAUCGGAAUAUGCAUCGACUUAAGUGAGCCAGCCUUGAUAGUGGAGAUGCAGCGUGUCUUGGAUGACAUGGAAGCUGGAGAUCCCGGGGUCUUUGGGAGUAAAGGUGCUGUGGCUCAAGCUUUUAGUUUAGAGAAUAUGGCACAUUUUGGCGGGCUGGCAUUAGGACCUAUGGUAGGUGGGUUUGUGGAGUUCAGAUAUGACUGGAAAAUUAUGACCCUUGGGCUGGGAGUUCUUUCUGCUGUUACUGCUAUGCCUAUGCUAUGGCUUAGUGGUCCUAUGGCAGAAGUCUCCUGGUCCGAGUCUGCCGAUGAAGAGAUGGAACGUGAACCUCUGCUGACAGAGUAG